UCUCUCUUUUUGAAUUUAACUCGUGUCCUAAUUGGUCUUGGUCUUUGUCUGAUGUUCAGUUUAGUUAUUGUCCGAUCUAACUACACACUCUCUUAUUACAUCGACGUUCAACAUAAUUGCACAUGUGGUGGAGGUUCUGUGAUCGAAAAAAAUUACUAGUAUUAUCUCAAAUUAUUAUUCCAUUAGUGGUUUUUUCUAAAUUAAUCAAUUUGACUAAUUGAGAGAGACUUUUAUGUGAUAAGAUCAUAUCUCUGAUUCGAUUUCUUCCAUUAAUAGAAUUAAAGUAAAAAAAAAAAAGAUUUUUAUUCCCAAAGACUUUCCCGUGACAACAGAGUUUUUUUUUUUUGUUUCUUACAACGGGAAAAAAGGUAACUUGAAAAGACAGAGAGCUAUUUUGGUGAAUUGUGUUUCAAAAAGUUGUCUACUUUACCUGUGACCCAGAUCUGAAAUAACUGUGUAAAAGUAUGGAAACACUCUUCUUGAUCUUUGGUUCCAUUGUUUUUCACGCUUUAAUUUGAACAAGUGGGUUUUUGAAAAUUUAUAAAUUUUUACCCGGGAACUUUAGUAUAUGGUUCAUAUUUAAUCUCUUUUUAGGCAUUGCUUUUAGUGUAGUUCUUCUGUUUUAAAGGGGUUUACACUUCUUCUUCUAGUAGUUCUUUGUCUGUUUUGGUCUGUUCUGUCUUAAGAUGGUGUCUGAAUCAAAAGGAAGUAAAGAUGAAACCUUUUUCGAUACCCAGCAAUGGCUACAAUCUGACUCAGACGAUGAUUUCCACAGCGUUAAUGGCGAUUUCACUCCUUCGCGUGGAAACACUCCUAAGAGCAGCUUCUCGGACAGACUUCCUCGCAUCAACAACCUUAUAUUCCACGAGAAUAAGCCUUCUCGAGGCUCUUCCCCAGCGCCAAAACCGAGGAGGAAGAAGCUUGGUGAUCUCUUCAGAGAAAGUAUAAGAGAAGAACGAGAGGAAAGCUCUGGAGGGUCAUCUUCUCUCAGCUCUCCUUAUCUCUCUGGUGAAAACUCAGGCGAGUUCAACAAGGUCGCCAUUGAGGACUCUAGCGUAAAGGAAGAGAAGAAGAAGUCUAACUGGCAGCAUCAUCGUUGUCUUCCUGGUUUCUCUGCGUGUGGUGGAAGUUUCAUGGAGAGGAGGAAGAAGAUGAGCUCUGAAACUGGGGUUGUUGCUGUGAAAUGAGAUGCAGAGAGAACAAUAUUGUUGUGUAUAUGAUAAAAUGAGAGAGAGAUCUCAGAGAAAAAAAAGCUCUUGUGAAUUUUUACAAGUACUACUUCACUUGCUGUGAUGAGAAGAAAAUGAAUCCCAUAGUUGAAGAGAUUAUGUAAAAAAAGAAGAGAUGUUCUGGUGUUGUUGAAGAAAUGAUGACUAUUGGAUCUUUGGCUUGUGUGAAGUUUAAAAAAUCUUACCAUGGUUCAUUGUUGCUUA